AUGGCUUCCAACAUCACCUGGCACCCCAAUUUGAGCCAUGAAGAGCGCUCGGCCCUCAGGAAACAACGAGGUGUUACCGUGUGGCUCACAGGCUUGUCUGCCAGUGGAAAAUCCACCAUCGCCUGUGCUUUGGAACAAUCUCUUUUGGCUCGUGGAUUGAAUUCUUACCGAUUGGACGGAGAUAACGUUCGGUUUGGCUUGAACAAGGACUUGGGGUUCAGUGAACAUGACAGAAACGAAAAUAUCAGACGUAUAUCUGAGGUUGCAAAAUUGUUCAAUGAUUCUUGUUGCAUCGCUUUGACAUCGUUUAUCUCACCAUACAGGCAAGACAGACGGUUGGCUCGUGAGCUCCAUGAAAAAGACAAUUUACCGUUUGUUGAGGUAUAUGUUGAUGUGCCUGUGGAGGUUGCUGAGAAGAGAGACCCUAAGGGUUUGUACAAGAAGGCUCGUGAGGGAAUCAUCAAGGAAUUCACUGGAAUCAGUGCUCCAUAUGAAGAGCCAGAAAAUGCUGAAAUCCACUUGAAAAACUACGAAGGCACCACCGUGGAAGAGUCUGCUGCCCAGAUCAUUGCGUACUUGGAGCAGAAGGGAUUUAUUUAA